GCUGAAUUCAAGAUGGCAGCCUCCAUGAGAAACACGAUUUUACUUUAUUAAGCGCAUUUGUUUUGACGCAGAUGCUAUUAUAACUUUAUUUGACUUUUCAACAAUGAUCACCUGCAGAAAAACACACGUAACAUGGUGUGUUCUACGCCAUAUCAGAUCUUUGUAUUCAACUGUGAAUGACAAUCACAGCAUAGUGAGCCUGUUUUCGAAAACAGGGAACUGGGCUACAGAAUUGAACAAUGAUGUUAGAAUAGAGAUUGAAAAUCAUUGGAAACCUCAACUGAAAGAACAUGACAUUAAAUACAGAUCAUUACAGACAUCAGAUAAGUCAGAGAAAGAAAAGUUUUAUGUGUUAUCUAUGUUCCCCUACCCUAGUGGUAGUUUACACAUGGGACAUGUACGUGUCUAUACUAUUAGUGAUGCAAUGGCUAGAUUCAAUAGAUUGGGAGGAAAGGAGGUGAUUCAUCCCAUGGGUUGGGAUGCUUUUGGUCUUCCAGCAGAGAAUGCUGCUAUUGAGAGAGGUGAAAUACCCCAAGACUGGACAAAGAAAAAUAUUGAAAGUAUGAAGAAACAACUAGAAGAUUUGUGCUGUAGUUUUGAUUGGGACAGAGAGCUGGCCACAUGUGAUCCUAAAUAUUAUAAAUGGACGCAGUAUAUAUUUCUAAAAAUGUUUGAAGCUGGUUUGGUUUAUAGAAAACAGGCUGAAGUUAACUGGGACCCCAUUGAUCAAACUGUACUAGCUGAUGAACAGAUUAAUGAAGAGGGGUUGUCAUGGCGAUCUGGUGCAAAAGUGGAAAAGAGAAAUUUACCACAGUGGUACAUUCAGACUACCAAAUAUGCUAAGUCAUUGAUAGAUGGUUUAAGUGAAGUAAAUGCUGAUCUAUGGGGAGAUGUUAUUUCUAAUCAGAAGAACUGGAUUGGUAAAUUAGCAUAUCCUAUUCAUUUUAAAUAUAAGGUGAAUGGUCAAGUACAAGAAGACUGUCUAACUGUAAAGAUGACUCAUUUAGAAUAUAUCUAUGGAAUAUCUCAUAUUAACAUUACUUCUCUACAUCCAUUGUUUCAAAUAUAUCAGGUAAGUUCUUUACUUUAUACAUUGUUAUUUGAAGAGGAAAAAACUAUUUACUGUAUUACUGCUGUUCAUCCAUUAACUGAUAGUGAUAUUCCUGUCUAUUAUACUGAGCAAUCUAUACAAUUAGAUAAUACUGCUGCUAGACAAGAUUCUCAUGUUGCAAUACCAAGUAUCAAUAGCAGUGAUCAAUUAGAAGCUGACAGAUUAGGUCUAUCAUGGAUUGAUGUAAUAGACAGUAAAGCUAAAAUUGUCAACUCAAAUCAGGUAACUUUUAAAAUGAAAAUGUUAGGAGAAGUUACUAGUAGUAGACUAACAGAUUGGUUAAUAUCUAGACAACGGUACUGGGGUACACCCAUACCUAUUAUUCAUUGUCCAAAAUGUCAGGUAAUGAAUAUAGAAGAUCUGCCGGUAGAAUUACCUAGAGUCAAACAAUUAUCUAAUAAAGGCUCUUCACCAUUAUCACAAAUAGAAGAAUGGGUCAACUGUCAGUGUCCAAAAUGUGUUGGAGAUGCUAAAAGAGAAACUGAUACAAUGGAUACAUUUGUUGAUUCUUCAUGGUAUUAUUUACGAUAUUUAGAUGUUAACAAUCAACAAUUACCAGUCAGUAAACAACUAGCUGAUCAGUAUUUACCUGUUGAUUUAUAUAUAGGUGGUAAAGAACAUGCUGUCUUACAUCUGUAUUUUGCAAGAUUUUUUAACCAUUUCCUUAACGAUAUUGGUAUUUUGAAACAUAGAGAACCAUUUAUUGACCUUUUGACCCAGGGUAUGGUGUUAGGUCAAAGUUGCCAGGUCAAGUCAACAGGUCAAUAUGUUCCUGCAGAUCAGGUAAACAUUAAAGGUAAUGGUGGUGUAGAAAAGGCUACUGGAGAACCUGUAGAGUUACAAUGGGAAAAAAUGAGUAAAUCCAAAUAUAAUGGUGUUGAUCCACAGGAUGUAAUUAAAGAAUAUGGAGUGGACCCAACAAGAUUAUGUAUACUAUCUAGUGUAUCCCCAAUGUCAAAUAGAUAUUGGUCAGAAAAAGAAUAUAAAGGAAUAUUGAAAUGGCAGUAUAGAAUCUGGGUGUUGAUAGGAGAUUAUAUGAAAUAUAGUAAACAAGACUACACUACAUCAACCUCAGAUUUAAUCCAUUGGAAUCAAGAACUAUUUGAAGCCAGAAAUUCAUCUGUUCAUGAGGUAACAUAUCAAAUGAGAAAGAAUUACAUGAUAAAUGCUGCCAUUUCAAGAUUACAGAAAUUUACUAACAUUUUGAAGAAAUGUCCACCAGGUAUUAUGAGAAAUUGUGAAGAGUUUGAGAGAUGUUUAGCUGAUCUAAUAAUAAUGUUAGCUCCAUUCUCUCCUAUGUUUGCUUGUGAAUACUGGGCUGGUGUGUCAUCUACUGUUAAUUUUACACAUAGUUUAUACCAAUGGGACAGAAUUGUAUUAGACCAGACAUGGCCUCUAGUUGAUGAUAAUUACCAGUAUGAAAUGUCAAUUAAAAAAAAUGAGCGAGACCAGUUCAGUAUAAAACUACCUUUAGGUAGACUAAAUGAUUGGACCUAUGAAGAAGCAGUAGUUUUAGCUCAAAGUGACCCUCAAUUUAUGAAACACUUUAAAAAUGUGCACAUUAAGCAUAAAUCUUUUAGAAUAGAAAAGGACUAUAAAGCCUGGCUCACUAUGCAUGUGGGAAAAGAAAAGAAGACAAGGGAAAGCGAGAAUAUAGCGGAUGAACAUUUGAAUGCUCAUUCUUGAAUUAAGGGAUUAUAACUUAAAAAAGAAGAAGUUACAUUUGUAAGUUUUGUGUUUUUCUAACAGUGAAUAAGUAAAACGAAACAACAAUUUGGGUUC